UGACAGCAGCAGGGUGGUACCUAGGCUGGCAAGGGUGGCGAGCCUGAGGCUGUAAGCGGAAGGAGGGGGUGCGGAGGGACAGAGCCGCCUGGGGCGGGUGAUGCCGCCGGAGUAUCCGAGCUGUUUCUUCCAGCAGAUCGGGGAACACAGUGUGACUGCAGGUCGGGCAGCAUCACCCCGAGACAUCAGAGAAUGCAAUGGACUUUGAAACUGCUGAAGGCAUCUGUGGCUGUCGGAAUGAGAUAAUGCAGAGGAAAGACCUUAAUCUUCAGGAGGAAGAAUUUGAUUCUGAUGAUGAUGAUUUGUCUGAAGACAGCCAGUCCAGGCAAAAAGCUGAGAAAAGGAGAGCCAAGAAAAAGAGACAGAAAGAACGUAAGAAACUGGAGAAGAAAAAACACCUGGAAGAGAACGAGCAGGAACCUGAGUGGGAUGUAACCAGCGCGUUUGUGGCCAAUGCUGCCAGCCACAUACGGCCAAAGACCAGAAGCAAGCUUGACAAGAAGCACAAUGCUAACAAAGAGAAUGAAGGGAAAAUGCAGGAGGGUGGCUGCAUAAAUUCUUCAAUCCAAAGAGGUCGACAUCUUGCUGAGCAAGGCAUUCAUUCGGUAAAAGAUGGAAAUUACACCAAAGCAGUUGAACUUUUUAGUGAAGCUAUCCGAUUAGACCCUAAGGAUUACAGGUAUUUUGGAAACCGUUCCUACUGCUAUGAGCAGCUGAAGCUCUACCCGAAGGCCUUGGUGGAUGCUGAAAUUUCCAUCCAGCUUUCUCCUGCUUGCCCGAAAGGUUAUUUCAGGAAAGGAAGAGCUUUGCAAGGCUGCAAUAAGUUUCUGCAAGCAGAAGAUGCCUUUAAGAUUGUUCUGCAGCUGGACGAAGGCUGUGAGGAGGCCUUGAAGGAGAUACAUGCUUGCCAAGUGAUGCAGCUCAUGGAGCAUGGAUUUACCCAGGAGCACAGUAUCAGUUUGCUGGAGAAAUACGAAUCAGUCAACGCUGUCUUAGAAGCUCCAAUCUCUGCAGAAGUCCUCCAAGGGACUGGGGACAUGUUUUUAGAAGAAUCGGUGGAAGACGAGCUUCUUUUUCUUAAUUAUCUGUCUGAAGCACAGAGUUCUUCUUUGUGGGUGGGUAAUGUCACUGACCAAAUAACAGAAAAGCAGCUGUGGGACCUUUUUAAAUGUUAUGGAGACAUUCAUAGUAUUCGGCUCCUUGGUGAACGUUUUUGUGCAUUUGUUAACUUUAAAUGUCCCGCUGCUGCAGCCAGAGCGCUAGAUGCACUACAGGGCAAAGAAAUAGAGAAUACGAAGCUAUUAAUUCGAUACCCAGACAAGCCUUACAGACCUGCUACUGUGAGCAGUGCAGAAGCACAAACAAAGACGGCCUCCAUGAUGUCUAAGAAAAAAGGAGCAGCAAAAAGCAGUGAAUGUUACUACUGGAGGUCCAACGGAUGCAGUUUUGGAGAUAAGUGCCGCUACAAACACGUCCCUGAGAACAAAGGGGUUGAUAAAAAGCACUGGAAAAGUUAAUGCAUCCGGAUUUAGCAUAAAAAAAACCUAUGGCUCCUGGUCCAAAAAAUUGCCACGACUACUCUUUCAUUCUAGAUAUUCCAUUGAUCUCUCCUUAAACCUUACAUUCUAUCAAGAAUAUGAAAUGAAGUGUCACCACGUUUAUCUCCUUGGUUACUUUAAAACAUUAUUGGGCCUGGGUAAUUUUAAUUAUUUUUGCACAUUCAGCAUCUCUUGCUGAGUAUUUGAGGAUCGGAGCCUGCACUUUAUUUUAGAAUCCGGUGGACAAUUGCACAACCUACAUCAUCAUUGACACACCUAAAAUUAUGACUUCAUAUCCCGGAUUCACCCCAAAAGCCAUGGAAUCCAUCUUCAGUAGGAGCCGAAUAAUCAGCUGCAUUCAUAGCUUUUGGUCCUUGGGGGGCUUCUGGGUUAGUAUGUUAGGACCAGUUUACUUUUUUUUUAAAACCUUUUGUUUUCCAGCAACUGUAAAAUCCAUGAGAAAUGUUCUUUUUCAAUGUAAUUUGUGCCAUGUGGAAAAAUGUUGCAUAUGAAAUGUGACUCAGAAGGACCAACAUUUGAUGCCAACCAUAUUUUAAGUGAAUACUUUUAGGAGUCUAAGAAAUCAAAUAUUACAGUUUUCUCUGAUGUGCCUUAUUUUAUACUGAUGUUUUCUACUCUUAACACUUGGAAUACACACUGUAUUAUGGGGAGUUCAUUAUUUUUUUGUUCAUGCUAUUAUUGUUUGUAUUCCAGUGCUAAUGUUUCUCGAGCAACUUGGCCUUUCAAGGA